AGUAAAUCUAGAAUCAAUCUCUGAUUAGAUCAGGGCCGAACUCGUCCCUGUGGUCCCAAUGGAGGAGAAGUGGCCGUGAUUUCUCAUUUCUCUACAGAUGUAGACAACAAGGAGUUCGCUGUCACUGUUUCCUGGUGUCUGCAGCCCAUUGUCGAACAGAUUACUCCGAGUUCAAUUGGGUCCCAAUUCGAAGUGCGCUUUCACUCUCUCUCUUCCUCACGACCUUCUCGUAUCCUUCAUCACCUCGUCUGACUGUCAAUACCCUUCUGGUUUUUGGGUGUUUUGAAGUCAAUGGUAAUCUAGUAGUGUUGGAAUUGGCAAGUCUCAUUAUGCUGGGUAGCUAUAAGCGAGUUAGGAAGCAUAGCCCAUGAAGUUUCAGGAUCUUAUCAGUUCUCUUUUAGCCUACUCAACUCCCUUAUGGGCAACUUUGGUGGCAGUUGUUUUUGUGGUCCUAACACUUGCCUUGUCAUUUUACCUUUUGUUCGAGCACCUUUCUGCAUACAAGGACCCUGAGGAACAAAAGUUUUUAAUAGGAGUUAUCCUAAUGGUUCCUUGUUAUGCCAUAGAAUCAUUUGCAUCGCUGGUGAAUCCAUCAAUUAGUGUUGAUAUUGAGAUACUAAGGGACUGCUAUGAAUCAUUUGCCAUGUAUUGCUUUGGAAGAUACCUGGUUGCUUGCUUGGGAGGGGAAGAUAGAACUAUUGAAUUUAUGGAAAGACAGGGACGUUUAAGAUCUAAGACACCCCUUUUGGAAUCCAGUCAUGAGAAGGGAAUUGUAAAGCAUCCUUUUCCAAUGAAUUAUAUCUUGAAACCUUGGAAGCUUGGUCACUGGUUUUAUCAAAUUGUCAAGUUUGGAAUUGUUCAAUAUAUGCUAAUCAAGUCUUUGAGUGCAAUAUUAGCAGUGGUUCUUGAAGCCUUUGGUGUGUAUUGUGAAGGGGAGUUUAAAUGGGGAUGUGGGUAUCCUUACAUGGCAGUGGUUCUAAAUUUCAGCCAGUCAUGGGCUCUAUACUGUUUAGUUCAAUUUUACACUGCCACAAAGGAUGAACUGGCACACAUAAAACCAUUAUACAAGUUCCUUACAUUUAAGUCAAUUGUGUUUUUGACUUGGUGGCAAGGAGUGGCAAUUGCUCUUCUCUAUUCCCUUGGAUUGUUCAAAAGUGCUAUAGCUCAAGGCUUGCAAUUUAAGUCAAGUGUUCAGGACUUCAUCAUUUGUGUAGAGAUGGGCAUUGCUUCUGUUGUUCAUCUAUAUGUUUUCCCUGCAAAGCCUUAUGAGCUGAUGGGUGACCGCAUUCCUGGAAGUGUUUCAGUUCUUGGAGAUUAUGCAUCUGUUGAUUGCCCUCUAGAUCCAGAUGAGGUUAGAGAUAGUGAAAGACCCACGAAGUUACGCCUCCCUCAGCCUGACAUUGAUGUGAAGAGUGGAAUGACCAUCAAAGAAAGUGUUCGGGAUGUUGUUGUUGGUGGCGGUGGAUAUAUUGUGAGUGAUGUGAAGUUUACUGUUAACCAAGCAGUGGAGCCAGUGGAAAAGGGUAUUACAAAGUUUAAUGAGAAAUUGCAUAAGAUUUCUCAAAACAUAAAGAGACAUGACAAGGAUAGGAAAAGAACAAAAGACGACAGUUGCAUAUCUUCACCCACACGGAAGGUGAUUCGUGGGAUAGAUGAUCCCCUCUUAAAUGGGAGCUUUAGUGACAGUGGGGUAGCAAGGGGAAAGAAACAUCGCCGCAAAUCUGGAUAUACCAGUGGAGAGAGUGGGGGAGAAAGUAGCAGUGAUCAAAGCUAUGGUGGCUAUCAGAUCAGGGGCCAUAGAUGGGUUAUAAAAGAUUAACAUUUGGAAUGGAGAAGGGGAUCAAAUCCAAAUGGUGCAUUCCCGGAUGUAUAAGCAAUGAUUUUCAUCUCAUGGUUUGGCUGUUGAUCUACAUGUGUAGGAAUAUUUUACUGCUUCUCAGGAGAUUGAAGGUUUUAGCUCAGAUUUUUCUUCUUGUGAAGAGUUUCUCGUCAAGUGCUGAGGCAAUGGUAUUUAAUUAUGAAUCCACUGGACAGGUUGAGCUUUUAAAAUUGUAUAGUUUCUAUAAGGCUUGCUUGGCUGUGAAAACGAAUGCAUCAAGCUGCAUGACCAAGGAUACUUCACACAUUUCUUUCAUAGUUGUCCAUAUGCAAAUUGUUGUAUGCUGUAUUACUGAACUAUAUUGUUGCCAGAUGGAAAAUUUUUAUUCAUUGAUGAAUUGUAGACAUUAUUACAGAUGAAAGUGUGAGACAUUGCCUUUCUUAUGCUAA